AUGGUUUGUUCAAAGCAUUUGUCACAAAGUGCUCAAUGUUUGCAAAACCCCAUUAGGAUAGCAGUGGUCGGGAGCGGACCGUCAGGUUUACGUAUCUUAGGUUCUCAUAAACACCUGUACAUACUCUUCAAACGGCAGGGAAAGCCCAAUCACGCCAAACCACAGCGUGGGCUAGUGGUUUGCCAAUUGAAUGUCAUCAACUCAUUCACGACCACUGCACUCAACAAAAGAGUCACUUUCAUGGGUAACAUUAGCAUUGGAUCUGACAUUAGUCUGCAGCAGAUUAGAGACAAUUACAAUGCGGUUGUCCUCUGCUAUGGCGCCGCACAGGACAGGAAACUCAAUAUAGAGGGCGAGGAUGUGUCUCAUGUGAUAUCUGCCCGAAGAUUUGUCGGAUGGUAUAACGGAGUGCCUGAUGACAGAGAUUUAGAUAUUGAUCUGAACUGCGAAACUGCGGUAAUCAUAGGACAGGGAAAUGUGGCCAUCGAUUGCGCCAGAAUUUUGUUGACUGAUUCCCAACAAAUACUUUCUAAUACAGACAUAACAAAGCAUUCAUUGGAAAAGUUGUCGAAAAGUAAUAUUAAAAAUGUUUAUAUAAUCGGAAGACGCGGACCAAUGCAGGUGUCGUUCACUAUCAAAGAGUUUAGAGAACUGACAAAACUUAUGAAUUGCAAAACCAUUAUGUCUUCUGAAGAAUGCGAUCAAAUACCACAAACAAUACUCGAAUCGCUCGAAAGACCGAAGAAAAGGUUAACAGAACUGAUAAUUAAAGUGUCAAAAGAGAGUUCAACUGAUGUCGAGAAGAAUGCAAAGAAA